AUGAAUCACUAUUUUGGAAAUCCUGGAAUGUGGUCAUCUGGAAGCAGUUCUGAUGAUUCAUCAGAUGAUGAAGGUGUUGAUGAGUACUGCUGGGAGAAAAGGAUGAGAUCGGGCUACAUCGGGUGCCUAAAUUUUCUUUUUUUUCCAAGGGAAGUUUAUAGGUUCUUUUGGUUUAUCUCCCCACAAAUAGAGAUGUGUGAUUUUGAGACAGGGGAGGUAUAUGACUGCAACAUCCGCAUUGUAGUUCGAAACCGUGAGGAGGAACUUUACAUAGGAGAUGAUUGGUACCAAUUUGCAAGGAUGAAAAGGCUUAGGAGAGGUGAUCGGUUGGGUUUCACCCUUUCGAGGUUUCCUUAUAUGUUGUACGUGCAAUUGUUGAAUCGUUGA